UUUUUCGCUUGCAAAAAAAGAGGUGGGGCAUGUUCGCCUAGCAGCCACCACAGCUCAAACACCAGCUAGACCACACACAAAAUGACAACCAUACUGUUUGCUCAGCCCACUAAGACCAGUCAGUUGGAGCCAGUGAUGGUGCAGCUAGCUGGAGACAGGCUGGUUGUGAGUCAACACGAUAUGGUCCAUGAGGACAUACUGGCUAACAAUGAGAUCUAUGACGAUCGAGUCAUCACUUUGGAGAGGGGAGAGAAUGGACUUGGAUUUUCCAUUCAGGGUGGUACUGAUUUCAAGUGCCCAAUAAAAAUAUACAAAAUUUUUGAAGGGUCGCCAGCAGAGAACAGUGGGUUGGAUGAGCGCGAUGUGAUCUUUGAGGUUAACAGAAUUUCAAUGUGGGGAAAGACUCAUGAAGAAGCUGCUCACAUAAUUAGAACUACUGGAGAUGAAGUUCAACUUCACGUUGGAAAGCUAAGAGAUAUCGAUAUAGACGACCCACAGAGAUAUAACGAUCAGUGGCUCAUAAUGGCAGACGUACCUCUCAAGAUGGCCUCUGUCACACGCUACCAGCAUGGGACUGCUAUACCAAAACCGAACCAAAUUCAAGUUACGAGUAAAAAUGGGCGCUCAAAAGUGACUCUUCACUGUCACGAAGAUUCCUCUCAGCAAUUGUCUGAAUGCUCCAAGCAAAUAGAGCAGAUAAUUAGUGAGCUCACAAGACUUGAGAUGGACAAUUACAACACUGACGCUACUGCAAAUGAUCAGGUCUUGCUCAUGGGCUGGGUAACUGAACAUCUCCCCUCAGCUGCAAACACGAAAGUUUGGCAACGGAAAUUUCUAGUGCUCAGAAACUUCCAACUACAAAUCUACAAUACACCUCCCGAAGAAAUAAGUGAGUGGGAGAGACCAGAAAAGAGCUACAAGCUUCUGGAGAUGAGUGUGCAAGUACUGCAGCCACACUCGUUUCAAGAUCAACGUGCAAACUCGAUAGUGAUCACCACUGGGCAUGGAACAAACCACAUCAUCUCAUUUGAGAAACAAAACAGUCUACAGCAAUGGACCAGGCAAAUUCACGAUUCUACUGUGAAAGCUGUUCUUUCAAUAGAGAGGCAGUCGUUUAUUGCAGAGUGGAGAGAUCAGUAUGUGUACUUUUUACUGGACAUUCAGAAAGGAUUCGCAAUAUGCAGUCGCGACAACCUGGCCAACUGUCUGUGGACUAAGCCCUUCUCUGCUCUGAGGAGGUCUUCUGAUGAUGGGCACUCAAGACUUCGGCUAGAGUUUGCAGCUUUAGACUCACAAAUAACUGAAGUACAGGAAAUAGAGUUGGAAGACAUGCAGAUAGCUGUGUGCUGUAUGGAGUGCUUCCUUGCUGCUAAAGUUGCCACACUGGAUCCCAACUUUAUAUCUCGACUGGACAUCAUAGCUUAGCUGCAUGUCUACAAUGCAAAGACUUAUGAUAGUGUGUAUAAGAAACCUAUUGUUGUGAUUGACUCAUCUUAGACAAUAAGUUUGUACACACACAGUCUUAAUUUGUCUGCUAUAAUAAUUAA